GAUAAAUAAAAGAACCUUCAGGUUAAAUUUAAUUAUGGAGAUUAGAUUUGUAUUUAUUUAAAAAAAAUUAGUGCCUUCAAUACAAAUUAAUUCUUGUUUAGAAACCAAAUGAUUUCAAAUUCAUUUACAAAUUACUUAAACGAUAUUAAUUAACGACAAUUUAAGAAAACAAUUUACAUUUAUAAAAAAUAAUUCAAAACCUAAAGUGCUCACAAGACUGUCAGAGCUAUCUGGAGGUUGCAACAGUGCUAUCUCAGGUUACUUAAUUUGUUGCUUGUAAUGGCUGUGUUUACAUUUUUGCUGACAGUUUCAUUCUUAAUUCCAUGAACUGAACACUACAUUGAUGAUGGAUGAGAAGACAGUAAAAGAGAAGGAUAUCAGUGAAUCAAGUCUGUCUGAAAGUUGGAAUAUUGUUGAUGGAAAUGAUGUCAACAAUAUAUCUGAAGGUAGUGAUGGAGAGAGUAUUGAGGUCAUUGAUGAAGAAGCUGGAAAUAACACAGCAGAAAAAGAGACAGAUGAACAAAAAGAUAAAAUUGAAUUAGAAGAACAUUCUCCCAAGGGUGAACACGAAAAUGCUAUCAUUGCAUCAGGAUUACAAGAUGAGCAAUCAUUCCCCGAAGAAAAUUUCGAAAGUCGAAGGACAGUGGGAGCUGACUAUACGAUAAUUUGGAAUUUGCUUAAUGUAAUGGGAUUUGUAUCCGUGAUACUUGCUAUCAUACUUGCUGGAGCUACGGCCUGGGUCUUCUUAAUGAAAGUCGAAGAUAUGGCUGUUGAUACAUUUCACUACUUAGUACCUGGAUAUGAUCAAGAAGCAAAUAAAAACAUUGAAUAUAAUGAGCUUAUGGCACAGCUGAAAAUGUAUGAGGCAGAAGCUAAAAAUUUGAGAUCUGUAGUAACUGAUUUGAGUGGCGCUGUAGAAAAUCUAAAAAAGGAACUGGCAUUUUCUUUAAAAUUUGCUGAUAAAAAUGGCUCUUCGGCAAACAAAAAAGAGGAAAAUAAUCGAGUUCCAAGUGAAGAGGAUAUUUUAUUUCAGGAAUUGUUAAAUAUUCAUAUAGAAAAGUACCACAAUGGGAGUAUAUUUCAUAAUGAAAUGAAUUCCUCUUAUGGACAUGUUGCCAUAUUUAUUCAAGAAAUGAUAUACAAUUUCACGAGUGGUAAGGAGAGGGAAAACAAUAUGGAAGCCGUUAAACUAUUUUAUCAAAUACCCAGACACUUGACAGUAUUAUAUAAUUUUAAUUCUACUAAUAAAAAUAUUGAGUUAUUUAUUAAUGCCUGGAAAUCCAAGCUAAGUUUUGUGAAUGAGAAAAUAGUCGAAGAUAUGAGAGCCAUGCAGCUGAAAAUGGUAAGGCAGUUUGUUAAACAUAUGAAAUACACUCAAAAAAGAUUCUAUAACAAAUUGUGUAACUUAAACGGCAUGAAGAAACAAGAAUGUUAUGAAACUUUUAUCAAGCCUUAUGAACAGUUUGAAGAAACAUAUUCGAGUAUUUCUGAAGACAUGUUGGAUCCUAAUAUUCAAUUGAGUGGAAGCGAAGAGCCAGAUGUUAAUAAUAUAUUGAAGGAUGAUGCUGUCAAUGUUACCAAUAGAUCUGAAGAGAUACCUGUCAGCAAUGAGUCAUCUGAGUGGAAAACAGGUAAAAAAAUUGUAAAUAAAGCAAAUUUGAAAAAACCUGUUUCAGCCAACAAGAAUAGUAAUGAAAACGCCAAACGUCCAAAGGAGGAAGAAUCUUUGCAUAAUAAAAAUAAGAAAAAAAAAUAUCCAGAUCAAAAGAAGUUUACGAAACAAGAAAGACCUGUGAAGGAUUCGGAUCAGAGAUAUGAAAAUGCUAUUAAAGAAAAAGGUAUGGAAAAUGAUUUAAACAAAGACCCUUCAAGUAAUGAAAAAAUUAAUUCAUUUUCAUCUUUCAGCAAGAAGGUGCAAGGAGUUGAAACAGCCUGUGAAGGAAAAACCUUUAAAAACAGAAAAGAGGAACCCCAGAAAACCACAGAAGGUAGAUUGCCAAAACGGGAAGAAAAUAUAGAUGAAUCUUUAGAAUCUGACUCGACAGAACGAUGCUGGUUCUUAAAAAUUGGCAGUCACAGAUCAAAAAUGAGAAAAAGCGAGUCUCGCAGCAAUUGGCUUUUCGAACGUGCUAAGUACCGUAGUAGACGCAAUACAUGACAUAAAUUAUAUUCUCAGCUGAUUCCUUUCUAUAAUUACGUCCGUGCCCCUAAUUACAUGCCUCCUUUAAUGGUUUGGUUCAGGGGAUAGCAUUUUUAUGUAUGUCUUUUGUGAAUUAUGCUGUUUUAUUGAACAGCUCUGGGUCAAAGAAUCUCAGUAAAGUUUUCUAUCUUGUAUAUUUACUUUUGUACCUAUUUUUGUAAAUGUUUGGUUGACCAUUUUAUCAUAUCAUGAUGAUUGAUGUAAGUUUUACCUUUUGCUUUCAAAAUGUGAUAUUUUUAUUUUUUACUAAUAUAGAGAGUUUAUAUUUUAGUAUAGUAGUUUUAAUGUACCUUGUAGAGUAUUGUUAUUUUUGUUCCUAAUCUUUAAUCUUUUGUAAUUAUUUUAUUAAAAUAAAUCUCUUUAUCUAUCUU